UACGCAUAGUCCGUCAACAACAAAAUCACGUUGAAACAUACCAAAUCGCGAACACGCGAGUUUUCAUUCACUCAGUGCAGAUUUUCCUAGACGUGACACCGGGUGUUUCUUUCUUUUACGAUUUUCCAACAAGUCGAAUUUAAUAUUUUUAAACAUUUUUCGCCGUAGUGUUCUUUUCUUCUUAUUAUUUUUUUUUUUCAAAUUGCAAGAAUCUGGUAGUCUUACCAGAUUUAAAUUCGAUGAUUGAGUUUAUUUCUUUUGAUAGUCGAGUAAAUUAUUCCAAAUGCAAAGUUAUACUUACGUUUUCCAGACGAAAAAAUGAAUAUCAUUACGUUAUUCUGCGUAUUUUCCGACUCAUGCCUGUAAAUUGAUCGAAAUUCACGAAAAAUUGAUCGCAAGAGAGCUGUCCAGUGAUUUUAUGACUACCUAUGUACAAUGGAUGGGUGUAACCAGUCAUAUAGUACCUUCAUGCCAUCUGAAAUUUUUUGCAAUUGGACUCAAGACGCGUUACUAUGCUGGCCGGCCACCAAAGCCAAUACUACAGUAGAACAACCAUGUCCUAAGAUGAAAGGAAGUGAUACCACGAAAAUAGUGAGAAAAUAUUGUGGAGAAAAUGGCGAAUGGGACUCUCGCGCAAAUAUCACAAACUGGACCAAUUACACCGGAUGUUUCACCAAAGAAAUAUUGCUGUUGCUUGAACGGAUUCAAAAUAUGUCUCCUAACGAAUUCGAGAGGAGAAUUGAUGUUGCUAAGAUUGUCAGAAUUCUUGAAGUUGUGGGUUUGACAGCAUCAUCAAUUAUAUUGGUUUUAAGCAUUUCUAUUUACUAUCUGUUUGGAAAUUUGAAAAAUGAUAGAACGCUUAUUCAUAAAAACUUAUUUAUGGCUGCCUUGGGAGCUGUUUUGAUGAAACUACUUAUCUGCAUCGAUCAAAUACUCACCGGAUACGGUAACAUUCUACCGACGAAUUCAGGCGUUGAUGGCACACCAUUCCUUUGCGAAGUAUCAUACAUCUUACUAGAGUACUGCAAAUCUUCAACAUACAUGUGGAUGUUCAUAGAAGCGUCACAUUUAUACAAUGCGGUAGCAGUUACCGCAACCCCACUGUCUUUCAAAAAAUCCUACUUGCUUCUUGGUUGGUUUCUUUCGGCAGUGUUUGUGGUUGUAUGGGUAACAAUAAUGAUCUCAAAACCACAAAGUCACUGUUGGUAUGCAUACAAUUAUAAUCCAUUGUACUGGAUUCUAGAAGGACCAAGAAUAUUCGCUUUGGUGGUGAAUACCAUCUACUUGAUCAAUAUUGUAAAAGUGGUUGUCGUCAAGGUUCGAAAUAACCAUACUCAAACGAAUGAAGUCGAGAAAAUAAAAAAAACGUUAAAAGCGACAUUAGUAUUGCUGCCAUUAUUGGGAAUCACCAAUUACCUUUCACACAUCGAACCACAACUGGAUUGUCCUCUAUGGUACUUCGAGCUUUACACUUUCAUGUCGUACUUUUUAAAUUCUUUUCAAGGAAUGUUGAUCGGAUUACUGUACUGCCUUUUAAAUCAAGAAGUUAAAGAAACCGUUUUAAACAGAAUUAGAGUAAGAUACUCAUCCGCAAGCAGCGAGCUGCCACAAGUUUCAGUGAAUAUUCGAAAAAAUGACUGCAACGAGCAAGUGGUAGAGACGAUAGAAAAUUUAAUUCUAAAAUUUUGACAUUUUGUAUUCAUGGUGCCCUUCGAAUACCAAACUUUUUGUUUCUCUCAAAAAUAACCAACUACGUGUACUUAUAUCGAUAUUUAUGUGUUUGUUAUGUGUGUUUUAUAAUUUCAUUAUAUUUGUAAUAAAGGUAACCUACCGAA